CUACCUUGCGGCUCUUCUCAUCGAUCAUCAUCAACAACAUCACUUCAUCGUCAGUGCUGAUCUCCUCGCCCGUUCGAUGGACGCAGCCGGUGAUCUCGCUGUCCAUGUGGGCCUCCUCGUUGUCACCCUGACCUCCGGCGCCGCGAUCUACAUGGCCGCCGGGGACGUCGGCUCGACAGCGUUUGUUGCGGUCAGCUACGGCGCGCUGCUCGUCCUCUUCCGCUGCCUUCGCGCGUACGAGCGCGCGCCGCCGGCGGACGUCGCCGGAAGAGAGCGGCUCAGGCGCGGUGUCUGGUGCCUCUGCACCGUCCUCACCGCGCUGUUCGCUUGGAAGGUGGCCGGCGUGAUGCCCCCCGCCGCCGCGGUGGCCGUCUGGGUCCUCGCCGUCGCCACCUCUGCCGGUGGCUUCGCUGUGUUGUUCCACCGUCGCCGCCUAUGAUCUCUG